AUGGACCUGUUUGGAAGCAACCCGGGGAACAGUUGCUGCAAGAGAAGGGGUAGGACAGCGCGUGGUAGAGCUAGGCGCAGCGGAGCGGUGAGGGGGAGACUGAUAAAGCCGAAGCGAACCAGUGAAGAGCGUGGGGAAGGAACAAACCUCUUUAGCGUCAGUUCUGGAGAGGAAAAAAGGAGAGCUCCUGGCAGGAAGAGGGGCUUCUCUAAUGGAAGCGUAAGUAAUGAGGAUAGUUCCGGGGGAGAUAAGGAGAAAAAGAAAAAGAGGAAGGUGAGGAGUAGGUGCCUGUUCAGCAGCAUCUCGGAUGGGGGCAGCCCUAAAAGGGAGGAAGGCAAAUUGGGGGAGAGAAGCCCCCCUGGGAGUCGCUCCAACUGUCUGUUUAGCAGCGAUGUGGAGGAGAGAAGCCCCCAGGGGAGGAACCCCAGCUGUGUGUUUAGCCACGACGUGGAGAAGGCAAAUCGAGGGGAUAGAACCCCCCAUGGGAGUAUCCCCAACUGCCUGUUUAGCAGCUCCUCGGAGGAGACCCCCCAAGGCGGGUCAGAAGAGAAAACCAAGGAGGAAGUUCAAAAUGGGGAGGGUGCAAAACUGCAAAGCAGAAUGUGCAUAAGGGAGGGAAAUUUCCACCUCAGCUUUGGAGAAACGGGGAAAACGCGAAAGAAGACGCCUUCCUCUGCGAACGUGGGAUUACAGAGGAGAGCUAAAAUUGCAAACAGGUGUGGCUACCAGGCGAGUGGGGGUGGGAGCCUUCGGGGCAUGAGAGGAAGAAGAGGGAGAAGGGCGACCCCCUACUAUGGCCUUAAUGCCACGAAGGGGGAAGGGAUGUACCGCCUAAUAAAUUUUGAGAAGUUAAAAAAGAGAGCCUCGAGGAAGCUAAACUUUGUGAGCAUAAUUGACAUGUCGAGGGGGGGCGGCGACUCGUCAGUAGCUUCAUCAGUAGGUUCGCCGCCUCGUUCGCCGCCUCACUCUCGAGGGGGCAGCUCCGAGGAGGACAUUUUAAACCGCACGGGCGUGAGCCACGUGGCGUCCAGCGAGUCAACGCAAGAAAGCAGGAGCGACCGUGCAGCUCGUGCAGCAGUGGAUGAAGAGAGAAACAGCAACAGGACUAUAGACGUGUACAGUUACUACUACCAGGGUAGGCACGAGGGUGAGUCGGCUCCGCACAGGGAUGUGGAAAAAAUGGGGGGCGGUGGAAAUUGCCCCGUAGGAGAAAAGCUAUAUGAACGUUUGUUUGGCCAGGCGGAAGGGAAGCCGAAUUGGAGGCAGGAGCAGACGCUGCUUUAUGGGGGGGAAGCCACUUCAGGCGGGAUGCACACACCCUUGCAGAUGAAUCGGCCGAGGAACCAACGAGUGAGCCGAAACAAUUUCAUGCUGCAAAGAAAUUUCCAACUGUAUAGAAAUUUUAAAAAUAUAAAUGUAGAAAUGUCUCGACAGAACAACCUAAAGGGAUUGAAUCUCAAAGAAAUGGUGGUGAAGUUCAUUCGGCUUGUUAACAAGAACGUGUUGGCGAUGAAUGAACGGGGAGAAAUGGCCAUCUCGCAGGGGGGAGAUCAUUCUGGAGAGGAUUCCCAAGACACGAGUGAUGUGGAGGAGUGGUAUGUGACCAGGGGGGACGCCACAAAAGGGGGAGACACAAAAACACAGCCAUCUUUGCAACAGACAGAGGGAGAACAUCCCCAGUUGGAGCUAGCCAAAUGUGCGUGCAUUUUCUGCUCAGAAAAAAAAAAAAUCCUCACAAAUGGGGAAAUGCAUGUAUGUACAUUUAAAUAUUUGGACGAAAGAAAAAACGAAGACACCGUGGUGAAGCCGUUUUUCAUGCACCGCUAUGUGUUCACCGCGUUCAUCAAUUAUUAUAUUCACUACGGGGGGGCGGCGUGUGUGCAGGGGGGGGAGAAGCGAGGGGAGGCGGGAGGCGAGGAGGGAGAAGAGGAGGAAUCAUCGGAGAGGGGAGCAAUUUUCCACUGGUACAAAUUUGCCAAACACGUGACGAAAAAAUAUGGCAUUAAGGGGGUACUCCUUUUUGCGGCGAAACGAGUGACGCUGACGAGUGUGGGGAUCCACGUGGAAGGGGCGAACGCGUUGCAGGAGGGUGAAGAGCUCGUCGUGGUUAUUAACUUUUUUAAGUGGAGGGUGAUGAGGAGACGUUACGAGGAGGUUGUAAAGUUGAAGAGGAGGAAAAGGGAAAGGGAAAGGGAAAGUUUAAGCUUUUUAAAAACAUUUUCCUUUUUUGUUAAAUCGGUUGAUGAGUAUUGCCUGCUGUGUGAUAUCCGAGUGGAUGAUCUCAACGGCAGAAAAAAUUUUCGCCAAAAAAAAAGGAGCCACACCAGUCAGCCAUUUUGCAAAAGGGAGGAUAAUACCCAUCGGAACGGGUGCACCUUCUUUGGCCCUUCCUACUUUUCCUACAACGAGGUGAGGGUUGGCCAAAUUGAGGACGCGCUGAACCGCGAAUUGGCCAACUCGCGUCUGCAGUUCGCCCUCGUCGAUUCGCUCAGCGUCUCCACGGGGCGCGCGCCCUACCUCUUCCCCGCGCAUAUGCUGCUGCUCGUCUGAAGAGGGUGUAGGCGGCGUUGAAUGGGGUGGAUAAGCUGCGUUACGCUUCCUUUUAGCCCUCCUCAUCGUGUGAGCUGUUCAAAUGGCUGCAAGUGGGGAGGACCCACCCCGAGUAAGAAGCGCUCACCCCGCUGCCGCCCCCCGUGGAGAAGCAAAUGAACACACCUUGGAGACUCCCCUGGGCGAGCCGACCCAAACGGAAGCAAACACCAUUUCAU